AUGCCGCAGAGCUACGAUUAUGAUGAGAAAGCUGAAACGUGGCCUUUCUUUGCUAUGGCCGUGCUCGUUGUGGUUCUUUUGCCUCUGACGCUUAUGCAGAUUUAUGAGCUGUUCAAUAGCCAAAAGGAGGAAAAAUUUGGAGAGCAGACGUCAACCCUGAAUGAAUUGAACCAGGUGUUAGUACCUCAGAGUAUCAAAAAGUUUCGUGCCAAAUACAAAGUGAAGAAAUCCGGGGUUUGGAGUAAGAAAACUCUGAUAGUUUGCCUCGGUUGGUGUUUGGUGGCCGUAAUCUGGAAAACUAUCGACAGCAAUGAGGCUGUCAGAGAAGCAGCUUCCACGAUUUUUGAUCCUUAUCUUUUGCUAGACAUUUCUACAAGUGCCACAGAGAAGGAAAUCCGGUCCGCUUACAGGAAAUUGUCGAUCAAGUUUCAUCCGGACAAAGUUGCCAAGAAUCUUAGCGAGCAACAACGUGCUGUUUUAGAAGAGCAAUAUGUCUUGAUCACGAAGGCUUACAAAGCUUUGACGGACGAAGUUACGCGGGAAAACUAUUUGCAAUAUGGUCACCCUGAUGGACCACAGGCUACGUCCCAUGGUAUUGCAUUACCUAGGUUUCUGGUCGAGAGUUCUGCUUCUCCAUUUGUGGUGGUUGGAUACAUUGCUCUGUUGGGGCUUAUAUUACCGAUUUUUGUUAGCAGAUGGUGGUCAAGGACUCAAUCUGUCACCAAGAAAGGCAUUCAUGUCAAAACUGCUUCCUAUUUUGCAGACAGGCUCUUUAAUUUUAAGCCCUCACAAGUGGUGACAUCUGAUCUUAUUUUGGACUGGUUAUCGAAUGCAGAAGAGUACAAGAUUAUGUAUCCACAUUUGGGGCCCAAAGUCUUCAGGAAUCUAUUGAAUGACCAUUUACAGAGAGCCAGUAAUGGGGAGGACCUGAAUGAAAUCAAACUAAGAGUUGUAGCCAAGACUCAUUCCUUACUGUUUGGUUUACUUGAUGUGUCUACAAAUUUCAGGAACACAGAAAUCUCUCUUGCUGCUAUUGACACCUUCAAGUCCAUUGUACAAGCUACGCCAGUCUCACCAGAAUCCCAAAUAUUCCAACUACCUAACGUCGAUCAAAAGCGGUUUUCAGAAGGGAGCGUUGAUGAUGUGAGGACUUUGGGUAAACUUUUCACCUACGACGAAAAGAAAAUUGGCCAGAUUCUUGGCAUUAGUGAUGAAAGUAGACUUCAGGAAACGUUAAAAGUAGCUUCCUUCAUUCCACGUUUGAAACUUUUGAAGGCUGAAUUCAAGGUUCCAGGUGAAACCGUUGUUACUCCUGAGUCCAUACCACACAUCGCUUUGAAGGUACUGGUAGUCUCACCAAAGCACAAGGCCUUCCCGCCAUCCAAGUUUCCUCAAGUUUUUUUUGAAGAGGAGCAAGAUUUUGAAGCUCAAAAAGAUCCAUUUGCCUCUGCACUUGAGCAGCCCCCAGUCCCUCAGACGUUCGCACCCCUCUUUCCUGUAGAAAGAACUGGAGGAUGGUGCGCACUGGUGAUGUUACAGAAAGACGGUAAAGUAAUUCAAACGCCGUUGGUUGUGGAUAGAUUAUCGUUUUCAAAUUUGGACAACGACUUCGACAAGCGAGAAAUCAAAGACGUUGAAGCAUCUUUUAAGCCAGAAAACUGGGUAGUGGGUACCAUAAAGAUCCCAUUCAGCCAGCCUGCUCCUCCUCAAAAUGGGGAUUAUUUCUUCAGAGUGGUACUGAAGAGUACUGAGUAUUUCGGCAGUGAUCUAGAUUUCACGCUCCCAAUGAUGGUUCGCGAUCCUCCAUCUGAAGCCGACUCUGAUAAACAAUACGACGACGACUCAGAAUCAGAUUCCGACGGGGAAGGUGACGACGACGAAGACGAAGAUGAUUUGGACGAAGAAAACGAUAGUGACUACACUGAUAUCGACACCGACACCGACGGGGAAGAGGAGAAGAGCCUGGUUAAUUAG